CCACCCAGAGGGAUGAGGGGCUUGGGCUGAGCCUGCCCGUGGACAAGGGGCUCCUGCUGCAGCCAUCCAUCCCUCCCUGCCCACCACGUGUCCUCCUGCUCCCAGCACCAUGGAGGUGCCCGCCAGGAGCCCGGAUGGCAGCGAGCAGUGUCCCCAGGGCAGGGAGCUGAUGGCCAGCAGCACGGGCAGCACGCUGUGCAUGAGCUCCUCCCGCAGCGAGUCCGUGUGGACCAGCAGCACCCCCAGGAGCAGGUGGGACAUUUACCGCAAGCCCCUGGUGGUAGUGGCCGUGGGAGUGGCCAUCUUCCUCUUCGGGGUGGUCAUCACCAGCCUGGCCUGCUUCCUUGAGAAGCACAAGAAGGUUUACAAGAUGUCCGGCCCGGCCUUCCUGUCUCUGGGACUGAUGCUCCUGGUGUGCGGCCUGGUGUGGAUCCCCAUCAUCCGCAAGAAGCAGAAGCAGAGGCAGAAGUCCCAGUUCCUGCAGAGCCUCAAGUCCUUCUUCUUCAACCGCUGAGGGCAGC